AUGCCGAGAGUCAACGUUCUCCUAGCGGUGCUCCUCCUUGCCCUUGCUGCAGGUUGCAAUGGGCAAGUGUACACGGGCGCACCGGCUUACGUAGCUUCGAGCAGUCAGCAGCAGCACGAGACGCAGGCAGCCCCAGCGGUGACGCUGCCCGGCCCCAUCGAGCCAUCCUUGUCCGGAUACACCACCCAGACGGUCUAUGGAUUUCUCGAUUUCACCACGACGCUCGCCAACACCGUCAUGAUUUUCAGCCCGUCGAGCGCACCACCAGAAGGCUCGAGGGAAGGAAAAUCCGAGUCCGGACCGAUCGAGACGAAGCCGAGCGCGGAGAAGAAGCCCGUCGAUCCGAUACAGCCGAGCAAGACCCGACACGACUCGGUCGUCGCCGAGACGAGAAAGGACGACGUGCAGGACUCCUUCCAUCGGGGAGUCGUCUACGCCGAGAGCGAGAAAACAGCAGCGAGGAUCGAUGCUUCGACGGUCAAUCCAGCCGUAUCGACUGUCGUCGAGGUGCGACUUAAGGAUGACGUGCCCGGCGUUAAGAAUAAUCUCGCCGAGCCCGAGUACGACUUCCUGUCGAAGCAACCGACCGAAGUCGUCGAUGAGACCUACAAGGUGAUAAACUUGCGACCGUCGGCGAAGCACUCGAAGCCGAGAGCGACUCAGCGCCGCGACAAGGAGAACGUGACGGGCUUCGUGACGAAGCUCGGCGGCACCAUCAUCAAGGACGGCCUCACGACGGUGCACGAGACCAACGUCAUCGGCACCUACAUCAACGGCAAGUACGCCCAGGUGCUGCAGAGCUCGUCGCGCGUCCUCAACGCGGCGCCGGCCCCGAACGGCGUCGAGGGCCAGCAGCCGGGCGGCAAGAUCCGGCCCAGCGCCAGCCAGAGGAUACUCAAGACGGCCGGGCCCCUCGGCAAGAUCAAGAAGCAGCAACAGCAGCAGUUGUUGCAGCAGCAGCAGCAACAUGGUGAGCUCGAGCCGACGACGCCCGUGACGGCGCAGGCCGCGGACGAGUCGAGCCAGCAGCAGCAGCCACAGGCCAACGCCGACGAACCGAUCACUAAUAAACACGGUCAACGCAGGAGACUGAGGCCGAAGAUACGCAAACAGCAGCAGCAUCAACAAAAUAACGUUGAAAACGUGACGGAGAACGAGAGCGGAGAAUCGACCCAGUCGCCCCAGCAUCAGUUCAGGCCCAACGGCAAAGUCAGGCCCAACGGCAACAGGCCCGGUGGUUACAAGGCGCGUCAACAGCAGCAGCAGCAACAGCAGCAAUCGAGCUCGGUAGGCACGACGACCACCGAGGCGCCGAGCUCGAGUGGCGGAACUCGUCGUCGUAGCGGUUUCCGUCCCCCGACGAACCAACCGAAUAACCCGGCCAAGUCCUACAAGACCAACAAGCAGUCGCACAGCGAGCAGCAGUCGUCGAUAGCCCUGCCGUCGCAGGCGGCCAAGGCCAAGCUGCCGAGGACCCAGGGCCGCUGGUCCUACAAGACGACGCCCAAGCCGCGCAUAAUCAUACGCAAGAAGCCGGGCGGCAGCGACGACGACGUUCAGCUGGUGACCGAGCAGAGCGUCGUGACGUCCGUGCCCAGCCUGGGCAACAGCAAUCCUGGACCCCAGUACCAGGGCGAGGACGGGGCGACUCCGCCGCUGCAGCCCCAGCCUGUGGCUCAGAGGAAGGAGGGCGACUUCGACGGCGAGCUCGACGAGAGCGAGAGCGAGGACUCGGUCAAAGUCAGCGUGGAGCACAGCGUCCGGGAGGCCAAGCCCGCCGAGAAGAUACUGCCGGUCGAGACGCUCAACGUCGAGAUCUCCACGGCCGCCGACUUCAACGAUAUCUACUACGAGAUCGCGACAUUGAAGUCGCCUUACGAGUUUCAGGUCGGCAACACCCGUAACACCCGUUACGUCACGGUUACGUCGACGUACAAGAAGUCUUUCGCCAGCGCCAGCGCCGAGGUGAACCCCAGCAGCGUCGGCGCCACCGAGCCGCUCACGGAGAACAUCCUGGCCAACACGGGGGCCGCCUACGAGUCGAGCCUGCCCCUGGACUCGUCGAUAGCCACCCUGCCGCCCAUCAGCAUCGACGCCAGCGCAGCCACGCCGCCGCUCGAGACCAUCACCGAGACCUUCUCCACGACGCAGACCCUGCUCAAGACCUACCUGCUGCCCGUCGUGCAGAACAACAGCACCAGUCGGCUGACCCUCGUGCAGACGUACAACGUGGCCCGCGUGGUGACCGCCACCAAGACCCUGCCGCCCGCCGAGCUCUACCAGUUCGUGCCCAGCAAGACCCUGAACGAGUUCAAUUCGCGCCUCGACGAGGCGGGAAGCGAGCUCCAUCUCGAGCUGGACUUUGGCGACGACGAGAGCGACGACGACGACGCGCCCAAGAGGAUAGUCGCGCCGAGCACCGACCUCGACUCCGAUCUCGACAUAUUCAAGGGCAUCCAGCCGUCGAGCACGGCGAGGAAGGAGAAGAGCACGAGCACCAUCUUCGUCACAGAGUCGGCCAGCAGCACCGUGACGCCCGAGCAGGCUCAGCAGUUGGCUCUGUUCAAGUUGCUCGGAGGCUCGGCGCCACAGGUGAUAACGACGUCGAAGCCGGUCAUCGUCAUGGAGACGGUCUACGACACCCACGUGAUCCCGCUGAUAAACGGCGGCCACACCUUCUUCUCGACCCUGUCGCGGCCAGUGGCGACCCGACCGAUCACCACCUACGAGAUCGGUACGUCGACGAUCGUCACCCCGAUGCCCCCUCUGCCACCGACUCUGCCCCAGGUCCCUCAACUGCCGCUCUUCCCGCCGCCCCAGCAGCCCCAGUUCACGGUGACGUCGGCACCCCUCGUCCAGCCGACCAUCGCCACCGUCUCCGAGUCCAAGGUGCUCAAGCUGACCUUCGGCGCCAAGACGGCCUACACUACCCUCUACUCGACCAGGCUCGUGCCCACGGAGAUGACGACCUACGUCACGUCGACCAUCGCACUGCCCACCGUCGCGGCCUAUCCCGGCUACUUCCCGCCGGCGCCGGUCGCCUAUCCGGGCUAUCCCUACGUCGGCUAGAUGCUCCUUGAACGACCGUCGCGACGACGACCAAUCUCGCUGUAAAAUUUACUUCGUUUCUUUUCUCCUCUCUUGUAUUCUCGAUUUCCGUGCAUAGAGUCGCGAACACAGGGAUAUCACGCACUGGACAAAUUUGGAUCGGUGUCAGGGUAUUAUUCUCCAAUUAACGAACAAAACUUCGGCUCGCUUGGAACGUGCGGGCUUCUUCUUUCGCAGGAUGUGUAACAAGACGUGAAACGUUCUGCAAUAUUUUUCGAUAUAUAUAGCUAUACACACUAUAACUUUAUGCAUUUUUUUACGCAGAGACGCGUUUGAUAAUGGCGAGUCGUUGCUUCGUCGACUGGAACGUUUAGCACCGAAAGCUCCUCUAGCGUGCAGAUUUCCGGACUCGAACUUGGCAUUGAAAUAUACGUAUACGUAUAUCGUACGCGACAUUACGUUGCGUAUACAAUAUCGUGUGUCCGUCUGGGCGUCUCGUCGUUGUUUAUUUUUUUUUUUUUUAUCGCUUGGAUUCGCGCGCGGAUGCGAAAGGGAAAUUGACCGUAUUUCGCUCGCGCUCACUUUCGUUCGAGCGCCUCGAUCUAUAUAUCGAUACAUCCCGGAGCGCGAAUGUAUAACGCGUGCGAGUAAAUACGUAUACAAUCGUCGUGCGGUACCGGCCCGAGAAAAAAAAGUAUGUUAAUAAGUGUAUAGGAAGAGAAAAUACCACAAGGGAGAGUCGUGUAUCGCGCUAUCAUUCGAUACAUACGUAUCUGUAUAUCUGUAUAUCUGUAUCGCGACUCGCCGGUCACUCGUGUUCGUCCUCGUUUUUUAUUCUCUCUCUUUCUUUUGCUUUACCCGAUAUACAGACGAUUUAUUGUAGAGUAAUGAAAAUUCGAAAUUAUAAUCGAUGUGAUUGAUCGAUUUUUUCCUCGUCUUUAUAUUUCUUCACUGAAACUUUUCAAAACCUCGUUGUUUGGCUUUAACAUUCGUUUAAUUUAACUUUUACCGUAUAAAGAUUUUAGCAGUGGAUAAGAAUCAUCGAAUCGUUAAGUAUUAUAAUGAAUUAAUAAGUUAAGGUCAACAAAAAAAAUAUAUUUUUAUUAUGAUUAUUAAUGUAUUAUGUAUAGAAAGUGAAAAAUUCUUAUAUUAUAAAUUUAUCAAGUAAUUAUCAUUUUAAAUCGACAUUAAAAUCUUAGCUUUUAAAUAAAGCGUAGUUGCUCCCGAAAAAAAGGCAUACAACAAUAACAUGUACCCCGGUGUUACUCGCAAAACUCACGACGUCAUUCAUAAUGUUACGGCUCGUUGCGCCGAUAAGAUUCAGAAAAAUAAAACAUUCAUUGCGUAAUGUACUGCCAUUUAUAAUAAUUCACUAGUUGUUCAAAAGGCAAAAAUAAACAGCAGAGUACAUAAAAUCUUCAUUAGGAAUUCAACGGUAUGUAUUAUUAAAAAAAAAAAAACAAUAAUUACGAAUUAUAUGUUAAUUAAGUGUACCAGUGCCCGCGUUUGCUUAUAGAACGUAUACUACAAAAUUAAUUUUGCAUCAUUCGAGACUAAAUUGAUCGACGGAAAUUAGAUUUUUAUCGAUAUUUUGUAUACGGUGCUCGCGAAAUACUCAAAGUAUUGUAAAUAAUAAUAUUUUCUAUUUUUUAAAUCAUUUUAUUAUCAUAGGCGUAUAAUUGUAACGUGCGGCGUAGCAUGUAUUUAUAUGAAAUUAUAAAAAUUGUUUAUUCAUAAUUUUUGUAAAUAAAAGUUGGAAAAUUGAAAAAAAAUUUGUUCUUCUUCUACUUUAUUGAUAUAAUUUACAAAUUUAAAUUAAGGUAUUAUCAAUACUGUACAUCAACUAAACUUCAACAAACAAAACAUACUUUUUAUUUGAAAUAUUAAAACUACCUUGGAACUGUCUUUCUUUUUCAUGUUCUUAUUAUUUUCAUCAAAGUGAUACUUCAAUUUUUAUCUUAAAAUUGCUAAAAAUAUGAUAAAUUAUUGUCAUUAUGUAUUGAGAUCCAUGAAGCUCUUAAAUCCCAUCAAACAAUAAAUGUCGACAUUCGUCAGAAACAUCGCAUUUGUUCCCUUGUGUGUGAGAUAAUUUCUUAGCAAAAACUUUCGAUCUCAAUCAAAUACUAUUGAUGAAUAAUGAAUUUCCCGUAGAGAUCAGCUUUUUUGCCGAAAUACAGACGAUCGAUUAAAUGUAAGUACAACGUUUAUUUACGUUUAUGAGACAAAAUAUUACCCGUUUAAAGUUCUUUCAGAUGCUAAAAUCUCGCUUGAUUAUGAUACCGCGUAAUAAAUGUUAGUAUACGCGUUUCUCAGUUAAAGAAAUUUCUCGUCCCGUAAAAAUUACCAUGAACUUUCUAGUGUGAGAAGAAUUCUUCAUCGCCGUACAUGAUGAUUUUUUUAUAAAAAAAAAAAAAAAAAAAAAAAA